UGGGAGUUGGAGUCAGUGCAUUUAGGGAGGGAAGGUGAAACCAUUUACUGGCAUAGGUCUCCAAAGAAUUGGUCUGUGUGUCUUUGAAAGGUGAAAUUGAGUGAAAAUGAAGAAAUCCUAGAACACAAAAAACAGCAAGAAGAUGUUUUAUUGAGAAAGACCUCCUUCAAGUUGACCAUGAGUGAAACAAGGAAAGAAAAGUCCUCAGAUGGAGAAACUAAACCCCAGACUUCAUUUGUCAACAAAUUCUUCAGGGGCUCAAAACUCAGGUCCUCCAAAGCUGAACGCAGAAAAGAGGGCAAUGACCUUCGAACCACUGAUUGCCAACCCGGCGAUGAGACGCAGGAGACCGCCACCUUAGUCACUGCUAAGCCUCUCCCUUCAGAAAUGGAACCAGGACGCAGGAUGGAGAAAAACGAGCAGUUCCUGCAGAAGUUGGGCAAAAACGCUGUCGACAAGUGCCUAGAUCUGAAUAACUGCAGAUUAACAACAGCGGACGUCAGGGAGAUGGUCACUUUGCUGCCUUUUCUCCCGGACUUGGAAAAACUGGACAUUUCCUGGAAUGAUUUCAUAGGUGGAACCCUCCAUUCGAUCACUGAGCAAAUGCACCUUGUCAGCAAGUUAAAAAGCCUGAGGCUGAGUAGUUGCAGACUUACCACGGAUGAUGUCCGAGCACUGGGAGAAGCACUUAAAGCGGUACCUGACCUUGAAGAGCUGAAUUUGUCCUGGAACAGUAACGUGGGAGGAAACUUGCCUCUGAUUCUCCAGAAUUUCCAAGCAGGGAGCAAGAUCCACGUGCUGGAGCUGGUGGAUUGCGCACUCACCUCAGAAGACGGGGAGUUUGUGGGUCAGUUGCUACCUAUGCUGCAAAGUCUUGAAGUACUUGACCUUUCCAUUAACAGAAACAUCGGUGGCAGUCUAGACAGCAUUGCUCAGGGAUUAAAACGUGCCUCAACUCUGAAAGUAUUGAAGCUACAGUCAUGUGGAUUAUCACAAAAGAGUGUCAAACUGUUGGAUGCUGCUUUUAGAUACUUGGGUGAGCUGAGGAAACUCGACCUUUCCUGCAACAAGGAGCUGGGGGGAGGGUUUGAAGACUCCCCAGCUCAGGUGGCCACGCUGGAGCACCUGGCAGUCCUGGACCUUCACCAGUGCUCACUCACAGUGGGCGACGUGGUGUCGCUGACCCAGAUUAUUCCUUUACUCUCAAGUCUUCGAGAAUUGGAUUUAUCCGCCAACAAGAAGAUGGGCAGCUCUUCUGAAAACCUCCUCAGCAGGCUCCGAUUUUUACCAGCACUGACGUCAUUACUAAUCAACAACUGUGCUUUGGAAAGGGAGACUUUUACCGCCCUCGCGGAAGCCUCCGUUCACCUCCCUGCUCUGGAAGUACUCAGCCUUUCUUGGAAUAAGUGUGUUGGUGGCAACCUGAAGCUGCUUCUGGAAACACUCAAGCUUUCGACGUCCCUUCACGUGCUGAGGCUGAGCAGCUGCUCCCUGGUGACAGAGGACGUGGCUCUCCUGGCAUCGGUAAUACACACAGGUCAUCUGGCCAGGCUGCAGAAGCUCGACCUGAGCUAUAAUGACAGCAUCUGUGAUGCAGGAUGGGCCAUCUUCUGCCAGAACGUGUGGCUCCUCAAAGAGUUAACUGAGCUGGACAUCAGCCUUCGGCCAUCAACGUUUCGAGAUUGUGGACAAUGGUUUAGACACUUGCUAUGUGCUGUGACCAGACUUCCGGAGAUCACUGAAAUAGGAAUGAAAAGGUGGAUCCUCCCACCGUCACUGGAGGAAGAACUACAAUGCUUUGACCGAGAUCACAGGAGCAGCAUUCACUUCGACCACGGUGGGCGUCAGUAAGCUGAUUUCCCAAGGUCACAUAUAUGA